UUAAGAGAAAAAUAACUCAUAAUUAGCAGGCAAUCAUGAAAUCCAUAUUAUUAUUAACACUAUUAAUUUUGGCGACACUGCAUGUACAAAUUAGCACAACCUUUGGCAAGACCAUAGCAAAGAAUUCAUCAACGCAAAAUGAGUCAGAGAGUUCAAGCACAAUGAAAAUACGUGAGGAUAAGACAAAACAAAGCGAGACAAGAGUUCGUCGAAAUUCAAACAGCAAUGAUGAUUACGAAGAUUUCUUAAUUAACCAGCUGUCACGCGAGAAUGAUAUAAUGACCUCAAAUUUUUUAGACACAACAGUGACAUGUAACAAUUUGAAUGAUUUGGAAAGUGAUAUAGUAAUAGAAGAAAGCCUAAGAAGUCUCAUUGAUCCGCUAUGUACGCAACUUUGUCGAAUCGAGAUUUUGGAUAGAAUGUGGAAUACUGUAAAGUGUCACCAGCAAAUGAUAAAUCGCGACAAUAAUAUUUUGGAACGAGAUCGUCGUGGCAAGAUUGACAAUCUCUUACGUGAUGAAUUAUUCGUACCUGUACGAGGUAGACGUACAUUGGAAUUGGAUCAAUCGUCACCACAAAAUACACCCGAAAAGAAGGCAAAACUUGAUGUUUUAAUAAACGAUCUGUUCGUGCCACAUCGAGGCAAACGACAUUUGGUUCGAAAGCACUUUUUACUUUUUGAUCCAUAUCCAAUAUCAAAGAAACGCAACAUUGAGUUGGAUAUGAAAGAUUAUUUCGUACCAAAUCGUGGAAAACGACGACCCAGCAGUAAAAUUGAUGAACUUUUGUCGGAUAAUUUUUUUCCACAACGAGGCAAAAAGGCAUCUGUACCCGUUCUGCCAACAAUUAUCCCAAAAUCGCAUCAUGCUUUAGUCGAAUAUGCUACAAUGGAACCAUGGCUAUUUCAAAAUAUUAACACAAAUGACAGGCGCAUGAUUGAUCGUCUACAUGAUUUAAAUCUUGGAAGUGAGGCUAAUAAAGAUAUCAGAAUAACAGGAGCAAAAUCAGCAGCAACCGCAAUACAAGGAGAGAAAUUUCUUCCACAAAUGUACAUUAAUAAUAACUAUGACGGCAGUGACGAUGAGAAAAUGUUGCUUGAUUUCACGCCAAAGAAGAUCCUUAACAUAAAUUCAUUGAGUGGACAACAUGGCAAUAGUGAUGAGUCUAACUUAAUUUUAACUAACACGCCCCUUAAUACACGAGAACAUGCUGCGAAUGAUGAAUUUACCUCAACAUUUAUUUAAGAAAUAUGAAAAUUAUGCAGCAUUUGAUGAUAAAAACACAUUAAAAUUGACCCAACCCAUUGAACACUAACUGCUCAUCAUUUUUUAUUCUUUACAUUUUCUACUAUAUUUGAAGCCAUAUGCAUAAUUAUACAAAAAAAAGCAUUGAGCUUAUCAAGAUGGAGCAAAAAUGAAUUAUUUUUUUUGUUCAACAUCUUUGUGCAUCUUUUUCCAAGUGUAAAUUGUGAUUGAGUGAAUGAGAGACGCUCAUAAUUGUCAGAUUACUCGUACAGACUAGUCUAUUUUCCAUAGAGAUGCAUUCAAGAGAUUCACAUCUCUUAGGCUGAAUGAAUGCAUUUCUGUGUGUAAUUUACUGCUUGCCUCACAUCAUCUGACGAGUAAUCCAUGAUUUUGAAGCUGUACGAUCUCAUUCUAAACUUUGUUUUGAAUGAAAAAUAAAAAAAAAAUGAUGUAUGUAUAUAAAUAUAUAUGAAAUUAAAAGAGAGAAAUUAUGCAAAAAAUAAAUGAAAAAUGGAAGUUGAAG